AUGGUUCGCGCACACGACCCCCACGUCAACCACCGCGUCGGCCAGCUCGUCGAGCCGGACUCGGACGGCUACGUCGUCCGCCGCUUUCCGACCGACCACGUAGAGCUCUACGGCGAGAACAGCCUCGUCAACCUCGAGAUCCCCGGUAGCGUCGGCUCCUUCAAUCUCGUCCACGUGCGCUGCCACAACGCCCCCGCCACCUCCGGAGACGGUCAGAAGGGCCCCUCCUACCACACUGACUCCCUCGUCAUUGCCGUCCGCGGAAUCUGCCCGCCCCAAAACAGCCCCGACCAGCCUCCCGCAAAGUCCGCCGUGGGGGUCUACUUUGGCCCCGGCAACCUCGUCAACCGCGCCUGCCGCGUUCCCGACGCCAAGGACCGCGGGCACGUCAUGAAAGACACGGACGGCAGCGACAGCAGGGAACGUCCUCAGCACACGCAGCAGCGCGCCGACCUCUACGCCGCCAUCGCGGGGAUGAUGGAGGCAGCCGUGAUUGCGCAGCAGGGACUGCCUCAUCAGCACUUCCGCGGGCCGCCGCAGCCGUUCAAGCUGCACCAUGUCGUGAUCAAGAGCGACUCGGCCUACCUCGUCGAGGGCAUCGCGGGGGGCAAGAACGGAGAGCAGCCGCACCUGAAGAAGUGGUUGGCCAACGGGUGGAAGAACACAAAGGGCGAAAAGGUCAAGAACGAAGACCUGUGGGAUAAUUUGAUGCUCACGAUGAUGUCGCUGGGGCAGGUGGGCGUGACGGUGGAGUUUUGGCAGGUGCCUAGGAAGGAGAACAAGGAGGCCGACCGGCUAGCUAAGCUCGCGCUCGAGCAGACUGUCAACUUUUUCGACGAGAAGGGCUUUUUUGGCAAGGGGGACGAGAAGGAGCCGAAAGUAAUUGCUGAUGAGUUGGUUGCGAUCGAAUGA